GGCUCCUGGGCGAGACGGGCACAGGCAAAGCCCACCAAGCCUGCCGAUCAGUCGGGCCCGCCCUGGAAAGUCCCUGUCUUGCACGCCAAUCGUUGCUGUCUCUCUAACCCAUGGGGCUAGCUGGAUAGGAAGGGAUUCAAGUGACGUGUGUAUACAACGUUUAUGAAGAUUGGCGGUUGAUGCUCCUUUUCUGGUGCCUGAAUUGUGGUUGACUGGGAUGAAGAAGGCUUCCACCGGGUUCCCGCUCUCUGGGGAAUCAGGGACUGGAGUCCGCGAUUCUGUGUGAUUCCCCCUCCCUCCCUCCGUCCCUCCAGCAAGGAAGGAGGAGAACGCGAGGAUGAUCCACGCUUCCGCGGGGCUGGGACGCCUCAGGCAGGAGGAACCGCAGAAGAGCUUAGGAAAAGGGGAGUGGAGGUCUGAGGACGUCGAGACUGGAUGAGAAACGGAGUGGAUCGUUCGGACGGAUAGAGAACGAGGCGAGCGCGCGAGAGCCUCCACCCCAGUGCCGCCUUAGCAAGGACAUGAGGGAGAGGGGACCUUGGAGCCAGAUCAGAGAGCAGCCCACGACACACUGCGGCCAGAGCUCAGGAUGGCCCCGAGGAGGAGCCCCCGCUUGAAUACCUGCCUCUUUGCUGCCUGCCUAUGUCUCUGGAGAGGGACCCUAGGCCACGACUUCCUAGGGCCAAAGAUGCUGGCUGAAUCUGCUCUUACCCCCAACACUGUGUGCAUGACUGUUCCCUGGCUGAGCCGGCGCCAACUUGGACUCUGUCUGCGCAGCCCGGAAGCCAUGGCUUCAGCUCUGCAGGGCCUCCACCUGGCCAUCCAUGAGUGCCAGCAUCAGCUGCAAGAGAGGCGUUGGGAUUGCUCCGACCUGGGCAGCAGCAGUGGCACUGUGCUUCUCAACAGUGCCAUUCUGAAGAGAGGUUUCCGGGAAAGCGCCUUUGCCUUCUCACUGCUGGCAGCCGGAGUCACCCAUGCAGUGGCCACUGCGUGUAGCCUUGGGGAGCUGCAGAGCUGUGGCUGUGCCAAACAGAGCACCGAGAACCAGAAGCUGAAGCUCAGCCAGCUGCAGACUCUCAGCCGGGGCAAGGGCCUGCCCCAUGGGCCAGCUUCGUUGUGGGGGGAGCCCGGUCCCCAGGACACCUGGGAGUGGGGCGGCUGCAGCGCGGACUUUGACUAUGCUCAGAGAUUUGCCCGGCAUUUCUUGGACCCUCGAGGGAAAUCCCGUGAUGCCCACGCACGGAUGCAGCUACACAACCACCGUGUAGGCAGGAAGAUUGUGUCGGAGCUGAGGCAGCGGAGGUGCAAAUGCCACGGGCCCUCGGGGAGCUGCCAGUUCCGGACGUGCUGGUUGGCGGUCCCCGAUUUCCGGCACGUGGGCUCUACGUUGAGGGAGCAGAUGGACCACGCCAUCCUCCUGCGGCCACACAACAGCAACUCAGGGGCCUUCCGGCCACGGUUCCGCAAAUCCCGCCUGGCCAAGCACCUCAUCUUCUACGAGCCCUCGCCCGAUUUUUGUGAGCCGGACCCAAGCGUGGGCUCACCGGGCACUCACGGCCGCUCUUGCGCCAAGGGCAGCACGCGGCCAGACGGCUGCAGCAGCCUGUGUUGUGGGCGGGGCCACAACGUGCUGCAGGAGACGCAGGCCCAGCGUUGCCACUGCCGCUUCCAGUGGUGCUGCCACGUGCAGUGUGAGGAGUGCCCGGCUGCGCAGUGGGUGAGCGUCUGCAAGUGAGUGGGGCAAGGCACUGCCCCUCCAGAGACCUCGCUGCUUGGGCUGUGUCUCCGGUGAACCACGUCCCAGCUGCCUGACAAGUGCUCAGCUGCACAGCUGCAAAUGAGGAGCACUGUGGGUGGUGCCAAGCCUCAGCGAGGCUCCACCCACAGAGACAACUGCCCUCUGUGGACCAUGUGUCUUGUGGUUCUGCCGCACGCCCUGCAAGGGGCCUGGUGACUUGCUCUCUCUCAGUAUGAAGACGAGAAUGCUUGGCUAUAAAGAGGAGCAGCGUCUACAAAUAAAUGGCACUUUGAUGGCAUCCUGCCUCCACCUGGUAGCAUCUGUAAGAGCCUGUAGCCUUCUGUGGUCCCCCUUUCCCAUGAAAUCAUGUCACCAGGUGCAUAAUGUCUGGUGCCAUACCAAACCCCCAUCUGAGAAUGGGGAGGGGGAGCAGACAUUAAAAGCCAUGGGCUCUGUGCCCCAUUGCUCUGCUUCUCAGAAACCAGAUGCAAGGGAGGAGGAGCAGGAGGAAAUCCCCUUAAGACAUGACCUUGCAGGGGGAAACAUAUGAAGCCCAAGCAAGGCUGCUGUUGUUUCUAGAGCCCCAGUGCAUCUAGUAAAGAAGGACUUUGGACACCAGUCCUUUCACUGAGAGGUGGGGCAGGCAGGCAGAGUUAGCUGAGACUUUCAUUUUAAGAAAGGAAGUUGUAGGGAUACGGUUGCCUGUAAAUGUUGCACUUGUUUGGAAUAGCAAUAGCAGCCUACUCUACAAUAGCAACACCAGUGAAGCAGCACUAGGGUGUUUUACAUGGAGUUAAUUUAUUCUUUUGACCUUUUCCUUCACCUGUGUUUUAAAAAACCAAUUCAUGUAGCUCGUGGAGGCAUGGUGUGACUUCUGCUCCUUAAUGCUAUUCAAUGUGGCUGGAUCCAUUCAGUAACUAAUGUCAGUUUUUUCAUAGACACAUGUAUGUUGUGUGUGUGUGUGUUCUGUCAGCAGAAUCAGCUCAAUCUUUUUUGCUGCUUUAAGUAAAAAUUAAUUUCACCCUCCCUGACUGCAUCCCGCUCUCUGUGAUGGAUGGUAUGGGAACUCAAGCCCAAAAGGGAACUUUACCAUCAUCUGAAACAGGCAAGAGUACACAAGGAAGUUAAACCUUUGCACACUCCAAUUAGGACUGGCUAUCUUGCCAGCAGUCUCCUAAAACAGAGUUUUUGCCUUUUUAAAAUGGAAAUUUGUCAUGGCAAGCUGGCCAUACCAUAGCCAUUGUGGGCCAGUAUAGGCUCACUUAAUCUCAGAAAGCAAUUAUGUUUCCUUCUCCACAUGGGUUUUCCAGAUUGCUGCCCCUUCCAACUCUCCCCCCACUCCCCGUUCCAUACAGCUGAAUGAAGAGAAGACAAUGAAGCCAUUUAAAAUAUACUGUGGGACAAUGAGGUUUGGGGCAACAUUUUCCCAACUGCAUCUUCCCCCCUCCCUUAGCUUCAUGCAAGUGAAUGAACAUGUUUGUUCCAUUCACAUAUAGCUAAUCUGUUAUAUAUAUUGAAGAAUUGGUUGGUUGGUUGGUUGGUUUUUGCAAAAUAAAGUCAUACUUCCUGGUGACCUACAGAUACCAAAUUUUGCAUGAGCAAUCCUGCCACCCAAAUUAGCUGAAUACACUACAUUUUGCACCAGAAUAUGCUGGAAGAAAGGUUUAAGGAUUUUUGUUUGGGUUUUUUGUAAUUUCAUUUUAGAAGAAAUUCUGAAUAUAAUCGUCAUAUUUUAAUCGUUCUUCGCAGCAGAUUUUUUUGAACACUCAGUAAUCAGAUCAGUAAUUCCAAAAUAACAUCAUGCCCCAAAGAAGAUCUUUCUCAGAUUCAAAUUGACCAUGAUUCAAAUUGACCAUAUAUGGUAAUUAUUCAAUAAAAUGAAUAAUGUUUGAAAUUGAAAUCCUACAAAUUUAAAACUGUCCUUUUACUUCCCUUUUGCAUGCAGCUUAAUUAAAAAAUCCUUAUCACAUAAGGUGGCCCUCAAAUUGCGGUUUCACCCAUCCGCGGGCCACCGCCAAGUAUACCAAACUAGUUCUGGCGGGUGGUGGUGGUGGUGGGGAGGUUGGUAGUUUCAGUUAUCUGCUGUUUUUCACACACACACCCCAACAACUAAUCUGCUAUUUUUAAAGAGCCACUCUCCCUGCUUCUCAGCUGGCACAUGGGGAGAUUUAAAGAAGCAGCACCAGAGGUGCAGGCUGCUUCAUCCACUCUUGCCCUGCUGCUUUAAACUUCCCCACGUAUCACCUGAGAAGCCAAGAGAGUGGCUCUUUAAACUUUACACCUCCCCACCUUCUCAGCUGAGGUGCAGGGAUAUUUAAAUAGCCACUCUCCUUGCUUCUCAGCUGAUGUGAGGGGAUGGGGUGGUCGGUCCUGCCCUCAGCGAAGGAACCACCUAACCCCAAGCACUCCAAAAUUGCAGUUUCCGCAAACAUUAUCCUCACAAUAUUAGAGGGCCUCCUGGAUUUCAUUUCUUGAACCUUCCGAGAAGUGUAAUCUAUGCCAAAUGACCUUGCUCGGUCAAUGACAGGCCUCACCUACUAGUAUCAUCAUUUAAAGGGGUUUUCAGUCAGGAAAACCUACACGCGGACGGUGGGAGGACAUCUCUGACUUUACUAUGCAGGUCCUCUAAUCCCAAAGGUGAGAAGGCAGGAUUGUGUCUUUCCUUAAGGGGUUCCUUUAUUUGUGUGGAAGCCCUGUGAUUUGAACAGCCCAUAUAGAUGCCUGAUCUGUGUAUUUGGCUAGGCUGGUCCUGGUGUAAGCUGAAGGAAUACUUGACACCAGGACUGCUGUUCACCACCAUCUGCCUGUGUGACAUAAGGGCGCUUCUGAAUCAGAGCUCACUUCAGCUCAGCAGCCCCUUCCAAACUAUUUUUAGGGACUGUCAGGCCCAUCUGCUAGCCCACGGAAAAGGGGGUACAAUGGGGGCAGCAAAUGCCUGGUUAUUGUGCUUACAUAUCCCCACUCUGUGUGUGUGUGUGUGUGUGUGUGUGUGAGAGAGAGAGAGAGAGAGAGAGAUUGCAGUAGCUUAAUGUCAGUGUACUGAGGAAAAGAUUAUUCACAGCAUUAUACAUAUAGUAGCCAUUUCUGGUGUCAAGAUAUGUCACUAGCUUUCAGUCUUUCCAGACCUAGCCUCUGUCAUGAGUCCCAACCUGCAGUUUGUGAUCCAGUUUUAAUAUUUUACUGUGUAUGUCCAUCCAUCUUUCUUUCUUUCUUUCUUUCUUUCUUUCUUUCUUUCUUUCUUUCUUUCUUUCUUUCUUUCUUUCUCCUUUAGAGAAAGCACUUUAAAAUUGUGGUGGUGCUGCUAGUGUUACUUUAGACUGGGUUAUGACUCAGUUGCAACAAAAUAUUUACGACAAAUAUUUAUAUACCGCCAGGUUCUAUUAUCAAGGAUAUCCGUGAAUCUUUCAUUACUCCUUUGCUUUGUAAAUUUCCCGGUCGACAGGAGCAAUUUUAUUGUUCCUUGUUGCUUUCGGACUCAGAGUGUUUAAUUACAUCUAAUGUGGCUAAAUUCUGUGCUGCUGCCAUAAAUAUAUGUCACCGGAUGGUUAAUAAGGAUAUUUUACUGUUUUAAAUUUUUAUUCUCACUAUGUUUUCAAUUUUGUCAAUUUUUUUUAACUAAUUCUAAUUUCAGCCUGUUUUAAUUAUAUACACUCAAUUUAUUGUUAUAUAACUAUAAUCUUUCUCUUCUGUUUUGGCUUGUGGCUGUAACAUUAAAGAACUUGAACUA